AUGGAGAAACCCAAAGAAUGUCAUCUCAUUACGAUUAAGAGGGUGUUGGGAUAUAUAAAGGGUACGAUUGAUCAUGGCGUGUUGAUGCCAAGGCAAAAGAGAACCAACACAGAUGCAAAAGUAUAUGGCUACACUAAUUUAGAUUUUAGUGGAGAUCAAGACGAAAAGAAGAGUAGUGUGGGAUACAUAUUCAUGGUUGAAGGCGCUCUAAUCUCAUGGAGCUCAAGGGAGAAAAGCAUUAUGGCUUUGUCAUUGUGUGAAACUGAGUACGUGGUUGCAUCCUAUGUAGCAUGUCAAGCGGCAUGGAUAGAGAUGUUUCUCAAAGAGAUCAAGAUAAUGGAACCUAGGAAAACAAAGUUGUUUGUCGAUAAAAAGUUAGUUAUCGAUCUAGCAAACCAUCCAGUGCGUCAUGGUCGAAGUAAACAUAUAGAAAGAAGAUAUCAUUUUUCCAAUGGAUCAAGUCAGCAAAGGAAAGCUUGA